GCCCCUGGAUCCCCUGGCGUACCCCGACGGCGACCGCGUGCAGGUGGCGGUGUGCGGGCCGGGGCGCGCGGCGCGCGGCCUGGACAGCCUGCAGGUCCAGUACGACGCUGCUCGGCAGGAGAUGGCCAUUCUGUCAGACGACAUCGACCCCCAGGCGUCGGUGGAGGUGAACGCACCCGUCAAGUUUGAUUUGAAUAUUGAGUCAUCAGGGUCUGGCUCUGUAAAGGUGCAGAAUAUUGAAUGUGAUAGCUGUAAAAUUGACACUGCACAGGGGACCAGCGUCUUGCAGUCUGUGAAGAGCCAAGAAUUACAUGUUCAAACAAAAGGAGGCAAUGUGAUCUGUCUGGGAACAAUUUGCGGAAAUAUAGAUAUUCAUGCAUCACAUCACAGUACUGUGACCGUAGAUAAACUUCAGGGAAGUUGUGUAAAUAUAUCUACAGAAGAUGGUUUGCUGAAAGUCAAGUAUCUUUAUACAGAUUCUUCAUUGUUGUCUUCUGCUGCUGGGGAUAUUGCAUUAGGAAAUGUUCAUGGAAAUAUCAUAUUACAAAGCAAGAUGGGUAACAUUACAGUGGAUUCGUCCUCUGGAUGUCUAAAAGCCUCAAGCCAUCAGGGUGCCAUAGAUGUUUAUGUCAGCCAACUCGGGGAAGUGGCACUGACAUCACAGGAAGGCUCUAUUACUGUCAAGGCCCCAUCUUCUCUACGAGCUUAUUUACAGUUGUCAGGGAGAGAGGUGAUUGUGGACGAAGAAGCUCAUGUUGAGGAAGUGGCCAAAGAUCAGAAAGGUGGCGGUGUGACGGUCACAGGACUCCUGAAUCAAGCAAGCAGACAUGAAAGGUGGAUAAACGCCGUUGCCCCCAAAGGCACUGUAAGUUAUAAACAUCAGAGCUGGUUUCAGUCUCUGAAACUGCAGGACUAAGAAUGGCUUCAGCUGUAUUUAUUCAUUUUCAUGUGGAAUAACAGACCUGUGAGUAUAAAGAUGCAGACACCAGUGUUCCUAUAAACGUCGAUAACAACAGCAUUAGCGGGAAAUACUGGUGAAUGGUCUCGGGGACUUUUGCAAAAUGUGUGCUUAGCUGUAGAAUUGGUUUUCUAUUGCUGUGUUCCAAAUUACAGAAGCCCCCCAAAUAUGUUCUAAGACCUCUGGUGAUUCUUGAAACCACAGACAGUGUCAACCACUAUACACUUGUUUUUUAUAAACACAUAAGCCAGCUAAAUGCCUUUUCUGUUCAACUAAGCUGUUAUAUACUCUGGCCAAAACACUUAAACCAUUGUAGUUCCAGUAACAAAGAGACGGCUUUCUUUCUCCUCCUUUACAAUUUCACACACAGUAUGUCUACCUUGAUUGUAGGGCCUAGCAGCCUCAGCAUAUAAUUUUGUUUUGUCUUGUUUUCUAACUAAGUUGAGAACUUUUACCUUUUUCCUUAAAGCAUUUGUGGCUUCUUUUUGUCAGACCCAAUUGCAAAUAUCACUGUAAUUGUACUUUAGAGCCAUUACUAAGAUAAAGACUUCUUGAACUCUGGCACUAUGACUACCAUGAUGGUUGGAUGGACAAGAUGGCCACUGAGUGACUAACAGAUAGAUAGUAUACACAUGUAGCAUGCAUGUGCAUGGCAAAAGAAUGACUCGCAUCCUGAGUGGAACAGCAUAAGAUUUCUUCAUGCUACUUCAGGUGACAUAAUUUAAAACUAAUGCAUUAUUUAUAUCUGGAAUUUAUCAACUACAAGUUACUGAAGAGAUAAAAAAAAAAAGCAAGUCCUUGGAUGGGGCAAGAGAACAGUUCUACCACAGUAAUGACCUCAGAUCACAGUCUUGGUAGCCUUGUGCUUAGUGUGUCACGUGGCUAGAAUAAAGGUGUUAACCAGGCUGAGGAUAUUAUCUGGGGACUAUGGGGAGAAGUCUCCCACAUUCACUCACAUUAUAGGAAAAAUGGAAUUCCUUAUGCCUAUAUGACAUCAUUUCCUUCUGCCUUCCACAAAUAAUCACUCUUUAUAAACACUACCCACAUGCCCAUCUUUUUUCUCGUGUGGACACUCUGUCUUCAAGCAAAACACACGGAAUUCUUCUUAUGCUCUGAAUAUCUGACUUUCUUGUAAGCUGGAGAAAUCUCUGCUUGGUUGGCUAAGAUAUUUAACAUAAUUAUGGGAAUAUCACAUCACAUCCACAGCUCCCACUCAAGAGAUGACUAUGUAAAGGCACCAAUUGUUGGAGUCACCUCAGGAUUGUUGGUAUUGUAAUGCUCAUGUGACAGAUUUCCUUCUUAAUACCUUCUAUGGCAUUGUCUUAAGUUGUGAAUAAAACAUUUAACAUGUAGAUGAAGCAGGUGCUUCUGACUUUAGUGUAUCUUGUGUAGGUUAUGUUGUACCUCACUAUGGGGAAGAAUGGUUGGUUUUAUCACCACAUGUAUGAAGAUGCAAUUACACUUUUAUAAGCUGUGCUUUAUAGAGUUACUUCAUGAAUUCCAUUUCUUUAGAAAUGUCUAUAUAACAUUAAAAACUAUAUUAUACUGAGCAGGUCAAUUUGUUGGAUUAUGAAUUUUGAUUUGGAUAAAUCAGUGAUUAAACACUGAUUUCAAAUAAACUUCUAAAUAUUAUUUAUAGUAAGUCUUCUUUUACUAAUGUUCCAUAUAUGUACAUUCUUUCAAAUGUCUUAUUUGUGAAAUAAAGUUAGCCUUGUUGGUCUGUGA